AUGGACGAUGAGGAUUACACGGAUCAAAAAAAUUGUAUCACGACAACCACAAACGUCCCCGCCACAACAAAUGAUCGGCAACGACCUGUGACGAUAAACAACCCAGAAGAUGUCCAUUUUCACCAGCAAACACAAAAUGAACUCCAUCUUCAUCAAACAGUUAUGUGGCACCACCACUACCAACACUACUUUAGACCACAGCAACAACGCACAGAGGAAGGUCAACCACAAGCAACCAACCAACCAAAAGCAACCAAACCACCCCAACUUAUCAUUAUUGAUAAACUCGUUGAAGAAUUAAUAAGAAUAUUAAGAAGAAUGUUAGAAGAACUUCGUGGAGAAUUUCUUUUGCCAGCGGGAGUUUUAGUUCCAGGUCGUAUCACCAGGCCUGUUCCACUUCUGAUAACCAAGGUCCGACAAAUAUUAGAUGAUGAAUGGCAGCUACAAAGAAACCAACGUGAGAACUUGCAACAGAUGUACAGACCAGAAGGUUCUAUACGAACUGAGGAACUCUUUGAUAUCGCAAAACAAGUGGCACAACAAGAAGCCGACAACAAGUGUAACACUAGAGAAGCCAAGGCCAUGCAUGUACUAAAAUAUGGUAACAUUGUUUGUGUGGUUGGACUACCUGGGGUUGGUAAGAGCACUCUUUUAAAGAUGAUGAUCAACUGUAUUGUUGUAGAUAAAUCAGUGAAACCAGAUACGCAGUUUUUGUUUCACGUCUCUUUGAAGGAUUUUAACCCAGAUGAGAAAAUUAAUCUGUUAGAGUUUCUUCUAUAUGGCAAAUGGAGUGAGUGGAAUCAUUCUGAUGAAGAGAACAAAGCUUUGGUUCAUUUCCUGUACAACAAUCCAAAUGUUGUUAUUUUAGUUGACGGAUGGGAUCAGCUGUAUACAAAACAAGCCAGCAAAAAGCUCCGUAAAUGCCAACUUGAUAGCAGGCAAAUACCGGAGGUAUUUGUCAAGAACUUAAUGAUGGGCAAUCUUCUACCUAACGCCGCAAAGGUUAUCACAUCAAAACCAGGUCAGUUUUACGAGCUUCAUCUUGAUUAUCGACAGGGUUUGGUUACUGAACUUCGUGGUAUGGAUAAACCUGGGAAAAAGAAUCUUACCAAACAGAUAUGUGGCGAAGCCGAUUUUGAAACCGUGGAAAGGGUAUUGGCUGAGCAUCCUAACUUGGAUGCUUUGUGCUACAUUCCAGUCUAUUGUAUUCAAAUCGUUGCAUGUCUUUAUUCAAGCUUUUCAUCGGGGCGUGAGAUCCAUUCAAUGACUGAUGUGUUUAUUCAUACUCUUACCAACUACAGAGCUUCAGAUCAUGUAAGAACAAACAUGUCAGAACGACAAAUUGGCGAAGAACUGGUUAAACUUACUCACCUUGCGUACAGAGGAUUUGCUGAAAGAAAAUUAAUUUUUCAGCAGGAAGACUUCGAAGAGAAAAUGAGUAUCUUGAAGGGAAAGACACGAAGUUGCUUCACACAACUCAUCUGGCAAGAGUUGUACGCAGCAGUGCAUUUAAUGUUGUUCAUGUCUAAAGAAGAAUUCCACAGAUGUAUGGACAAUUUUAUGGAUCCACAUUGGUUCAUUACCACAAGAUUUAUGUUUGGCAUAUGUAACUCGACUACAUAUGAAGACCUAAAAGUCAUUUUCCCAGCUUCCAUGAUAAAAGAUUACAAGGAAAAAAAGAAUAUUUUCAAAUCUUUAAUUUCAUUUCAUUCUUUCAGCAAUGAAAAUGUGAUCAGAAUGUCAGGUUGGGUGCAUGAAGCCAACGAUGCAGAAAUAUCAUACAGGUUUCAAAAGUGCAUGCCUCAAGAUUUAAAAUGA